AUGAACAGCGACUUUCACGUUGCCAUCGUCGGCGCGGGCAUCGGUGGCCUCGCCCUGGCCAUGGCGCUGCACAAGAAAUCUGUUCCCUUCACCCUCUACGAGGACGCCAAGGAGUUCUCAGCUGUAGGUGCUGGUAUCGGCUUUGCGCCCAACGGCAUGCGAGCCAUGGAUCUGAUUGAGCCUGGAUUCCGUCCUUUGUAUGAGAGGAUUUGCGUAGGAAACAAGGGUGCUGACAAACAAGACAUCUUUUUUGAGGGCAUGCUUCUUAGUGAGGGUUUGGGUAAAGACCAAGCGUGGUACGGCAAGUCGGCGUGGGGCCAUCCUGAUUUCGAACGCAAGUCUGCGCAUCGCAAAGCGCUGCUUGACAUCAUGACCAGCUUCAUUCCACGACACAAUGUCAAGUUCAACAAGCGUCUCGUCAACAUCGAACAGCUGCCAUCCAAGCUUGUCCUUACCUUUGCCGAUGGAGAAGUCGAAGAAGCGAGCAUUCUUGCUGGCGCUGACGGAAUCAAAAGCACAGUCCGAGAGCAUGUCCUGAAGCCGCAAUUUGCGGACCAAGUAGCGCCAGUCUACGCUGAUGCGUAUUGCUACCGAGCUGUCAUACCAAUGGCUGAUGCCGAAGCUAUCCUUGGAGAUUUAACCGACGUUGCCAAAUUUUACUUUGGCCACAAGCGCUGCGCAGUAACGUACCGUAUAUCAGAGGGAAAGGAGUUCAACUACCUUUUGUGUGUCACAGAUGAGCAAGGCUGGAAACCAGACAAAGCUGUGACACAGAAGGUCUUACAUGAAGCCAUGAUGACAGAUUUCGAGGGACCAGGCGUCGACGACCGCUUCCGCCAACUUUUGGCCAAGGCAAGCCCAAUCCGAUGGGGCUUCUUCCACCACUUGAGGACUUCGACGUAUUACCGAGAUCGUGUGGCUCUACUAGGCGAUAGCGCACAUGCGUCACUGCCAUUUCAGGCAGCGGGCGCUGCUCAAGGCGUCGAGGACGCUCUGGUGCUAUCGAAUAUCUUGUCAGAGCUUGUCAAGUCAUCGAAACAAGAAGCGAAUAGCGACGCCAACAUCGUUGCUGGUCUCAGCGCGUACGACUCGGUACGAAGGCCACGCGCACAGAAGCAACUGGAGCAAUCAGCUGAGGUUGCCCAAUCUACGCUCAAGGUGCAUCUCCUGUUUCUGAUUACGAGAUCAAUAAGAUUACAGGCGCCUGAAUUCACUGCUGGCAUUUUACUCCAACUCAAGCCAACACUCGCCAUUCUCGGUCACUCCACGGCCCUCUACAGCAUGCCAGACACUUCAGCGCCCUCCCGUCUGACGCAGCUACCACUAGGUGACGAGGCGCCACGCUACAGCACUUCCGAACUAUACUCCUACUUCCAGCGCAUCCGUCUCCCCCAGAAAUAUCUAGACACGCCCCUACUAUCAGACAACACACUAGCCACAACCAAACAGCACGGCCUCCCCUUCCUACAAGCCCUAACCAUCCACCACACCAGCCACAUCCCCUUCGAGAACCUCGAGCUCCACUACUCCACCCACAAAACCAUCACACUCAACCCCCAGGCCCUAUACACCAAGAUAGUAACCCAGCGCCGCGGCGGCCGCUGCAUGGAAAACAACACCUUCUUCGGCACGGUUCUCCGCUCCCUCGGGUUUCAUGUGCGCAACUGCGGCGGCCGCGUAUCGCGGGCCAUGAGCCCCUACGCGGAGUGGGAUUUGAUGAUGGGGGCUGGAUUACGAGAUCAUGUCUUGGUUUACGUCUACGAAUCCGAGUUCUUUCUUUACGAGAUAUGUCACUAG